UUGUUGACUGUCGCGCGUACAGUCAUUCGGUCCUGGUUGCGCAUGAAAGAGAACCUUGAAAUUAUACCGUGAAAAAAGUCAUGACAUCGAAAACAUUGUGCACGUAGCGACGAAAUGAGACGAAUCGUGUCGUGACGUUAAGAAACGUGGUUUGGUCGACUGAGGAACGCUCUCAAGGUUAAGUCCCGCCGAUCUAUCCAUAUAUUCAAAUGGUCUCGCGUUAUAACCUUUGUCACGUAUGCGUCCCUUAUAUCAGCUGAUGAGUUCGACGUAACUGUGCUCACAGCAGUAGAUUUCCAAAACAGUUCGCCCCUCACGAUUGAAGGAAAAAGACGUUGUCAUGGCAGAUAUUGCCUUAGGAGAGCUCAGCAGCGAUCAGACUGAAAAAGUACUACAGUUCCAGGACCUCACUGGGAUCGAGGAUUUGUCAGUAUGCAGAGAUGUUCUUCAGAGGCACAACUGGAACUUGGAAGUUGCAGUUCAGGAACAACUAAACUUAUAUGAAGGCAGACCAUCCAUGUAUGCACAAGACUCGCGGUCCCGUCCACCGCAGGUUGUAGAUGACAGUAGUUCCAGAAUUUAUUUCAAUUAUCCUGGUAGCUCUGGUGGAGGUGGUGGUCUUUUGUCCUAUAUUUUGUCUAUGUGUUAUAACAUAGUGAGCAGCAUCCUACAGUUAGUUUUUGCAAUAUUUAGGACAAAUGUUAGACCUGUGUCCUCCGAUCCAGUGGAAGAUGUAGUCAACUUUAUUAGGUCUUACGAGGAGCGUUACGGUAACAUUCAUCCAGUAUUUUACCAGGGCUCCUACAGCCAAGCUCUGUCAGAUGCAAAGCAAGAAUUAAGAUUUCUAUUGGUAUAUCUGCAUAAAGAUGAGGCACAAGACAUCGACCAGUGGUGCAGAAAUACAUUAUGCGAUCCGGAAGUAAUCCGAUACAUAAACAUACAUACCCUAUUUUGGGCGUGUAACGUAAAAUCCGGAGAAGGUUACAAAGUCGCUGAAGCACUGAAGUCGGGUUCUUACCCCUUCUUAGCGUUGAUCGUGUUAAAAGACAACAGAAUGACGAUAGUUGGUCGAAUGGAAGGUGCACCAUCUUCCGCUGAUUUAACGUCACGUUUACAAACGAUCAUAGAACGUAAUGAAAUUAAUUUGAUCCAAGCACGUCGGGAAAGGGCAGAACGUAGUGCUGCGCAAUCUCUUCGACAACAACAAGAUCGUGCUUACGAAGAAUCGUUACGUGCUGACCAAGAAAAAGAUCGCAGGAGAGAAGAAGAACGAAGAGCACGCGAGGAGCAAGAAGCCCGGGAAAAAGAAGAACUAAACGCGCAAGAACUAGAAAUCCAACGUAUACGACUUGAAAAAGAAUUAACUGUUGACAAAGUGCCCCUCGAACCAGAACCAUCAAAUCCCAACGCAUGUCACCUUCAGAUCAAGUUUGGAGAAAGAACAAUGAAAAGAAGAUUUCUUAUGACUGACACGGUUGAGGAUGUUUAUCAUUGGAUAUUUAGUCAACCAGAUUCCCCAGCAAGUUUCGAAAUAACAACAAGUUUUCCCAGAAGAAUUCUAUAUCCUUGUAAAGACAUUCUAACUCUGUUGGAUGUUGGUUUAACUCAUAGGGAGGUUCUUCACGUAAACGAUCUAGACGAUUAAUUUUGAUCGUUAAUUUGGAGAUACAGCAUUUUUCGAAUUUUAGUAUCAUUCCAUGAAAAAAUGAUACUGUCAUGAGAGACACUUAUCAAGAGAUAUUGAUACACAUGUGGGACAGCAUAUACAUACGUAAACACACGCAUACACAUGUAUACAUAUAAAAGGAAUAUAUACGUAUAUGCUGAAUGUUUCUGAAUGGCUAAACUUUAGAAAUCGUCGUAAGGAUAUCGUAUGAACAUGAAUCUAAAAAAGCAUUUGCAAAUCCAUGUUUAUGACGCUUCUUAUAAUGAAUAAAAUGUUCCUGAAAUUUGGCCAUCUAUUUCAGAAACACACAGUACAUAUUUAUAUAUACAUAUAUAUGUUUGAUACAUUCUAAUAUUUUACGUGAAUUAUAGUUUACUGGAAGGAAAAUACAGUCACAAGGUAACGUCAGGAAAUAUACCAAAAUGAUAGGAAUCAAAAAGUAUGUCAUAUUAUUGCUUAUUAAAAUUAUCAGUGUUAACAAAUUGGUACAGCUAUUCAGUCACCACCGCACUUAUCGAAAAAAUGCAUUUCGAAUAGUAAAAACGCGAUAGAUAGGAAUAUGUAUUAAAUAUUAAGAAAUCAUUAUGUGAAGCGAUCUCGUAAACAAAAGGAAUAUACAAGAAAAUAUUUCUUUUAUAUCUUCCGAUUAAACGGUGUCUUGGUAUUAAAUGGCGAUGUUACAUGUAUGUUCCGAACAAAUUUCAGUACGUGGAUAAAUUUAAAUGCAUCUGGCAUUUACAUAAAUUUAUCCACGUAUCUUCUUUGUUCGUUACAUAUAUACAUCACAAAUAUUUUGGUCUUAUAUAGAUAAAUAUUAUAUAAAAAAAGCAGAACAUUUUUUAAUAUGACCGUUAUAUACAUAUAUAUAUAGCACAAUCAGUUCCUUACUGACUAAAUGCGCAUAUGUUCGUGAUAUAGUUUAACGAAACUAAUAUUAACGGUGAAUAACGAAUUUUAUGAAUUAUAGUAUGUAAGUUUCAAGUUCCAAUAGAACAAAGAAUUUUUAUCGACCAAUUGAAUCAUUACAAUUUAAUAGCAUUUAUAAAUAAUAUUUUUUGUUCGAAUGAAAAAUGAUUCCUAACAUUUGCGACCAUUAUUAGUACGUAUAUUAUACUAAUGUCUGAUGUGUGUUGUUCUGAAAUGUGAUGUAAAAGAAGCAUCGAAUCUUAUCGGUUAUCAAUCAACACAACUGUCUCUAUAGAUGAUAAUAACACUGUUGUAAUUUCAUAUAAUUAUUUCUGCUGUUUUCUCUUAAGUUCUGUUUUAAGUUCUCUUUUUCGUUCUUACGAUAUAACGCACGACAAAUGAAUAUAAUAUAUUUCAGUCUUGAUUGCCAAA